AUGAGCUCCGAACGCUCGUCAACUUAUAAGUCGUAUGUCGACUCGAAGUUGUCUAGGGCGAGGCUGGAACAAACGCCGCAACUACCAACUCAAAGAGCAUACACUCCACCAACUCCAUCUAUCCGCUUGCUGUUCUCCAGAAUAUCUCGCCAAGAUCUCUUAGUUAUCGUCUUACCUGCAGUACUCUCAUCUCUUGUCGCGGGUGGUGUUGCACCUUUUAUGACGGUUGUAGUGGGUUCGGUCUUCGACGCAUUUGCAAACUUUCCGCUUUCCAAUGCAUCCGACGCAGAACGACAUACCCUCCUUAAAGGUGUUGGAUUUGCCGCCAUAGAACUUGCUGCUCUUGCUGUUGGUGCUAUUGCCCUCGGCAGUAUCACCUCCGCACUCUGGAUCUCAGCCGGAGAACGGAACGUUAUGCGCAUUCGCUCCCAGGUUUAUGCUGCUGUUAGUUCCCGAGAUAUGGAAUGGUUUGACAUGAAGAUGGGUGCGGAAGAUCCCUCGGCGGCUUCGGGAGUAAAUGGGACUAUUGGAGCUGGUGGCUUGAUGGCCAAGUUUAAUCGGGAUACAGACGAUGUACGAAUGGCGAGCUCCCUUACGUCGGGGCUGCUCUUACAAUAUCUGACUACAUGUGUCACUUGCCUUAUCCUCGCAUUUAUCCGUUCCUGGGCACUCACCCUUGUUAUUUUAUCUGCUGUACCGGCGCUUAUGAUCAUUCAAAUCGUGUCUCAGCGUUUCUCUGGACCGCUCAUCGGCGUAGAGCGCGAACAAACUGCAGUCGCAGCGACCUUCAUUGAACGCGCUGUUGCAGCAAUCUCCACUGUCAAGGCGUUUAACGCGCAGUCCGCAGAACAGGCCUCGCUCUCUCCCGUACUGGUCGCGAUAGGCUCAGUCACUGUGCGAAUAAACGCAGUCUUCGGGAUGACAAGCGCCUUUAGCCAGUUCGCAUCUAUGGCAAUGUUUGUUCAAGGCUUUUGGUUCGGCGCACACCUUGUCCGAAAUGGAUCGGCCUCAGCAGGCGACGUCAUGGCCGUGUUUUGGGCCUGCCUUAUUGCAGCAAGUAACUUGCAGAUGUGCAUCCCGCAGUUUGUCACGCUUGCAAGGGGAAAAUUUGCUAUGGUUGCGCUCGUAUCGCUUAUCGAUCCACCACCUCAACAACCAGAGCAAGAUAUGCCGCGCAACUCCAUGGCGUCGGCCAGCUCACCUUCGUCGCUCAUGCCUAAAUGUCGAACAACCUCUAUACAAACGCUUCGCAAGAUCCAACCCGCUCGAUGUAUGGGUGAAUUCUCAUUGCAUGAGGUGACGUUCGCAUACCCUUCGCGUUCCUCGGUUCCGGUGUUACGAGACGUCUCUCUGUAUUUCCCAGCGAGCGAGACGACGUUUGUCGUUGGUGGAUCUGGAUCAGGAAAAUCGACUAUUGCACAGCUUCUGGCGCGUCUAUAUACGCCAGCUUUUGGUGUAAUUGCCUUGGACGAUCAAGACGUGUCUUAUAUUGACGAGCAAUGGCUCCGGUCACAUGUUGCUGUCGUCAGCCAGAGCUGUAUACUCUUCGACGGGUCCGUACAUGAUAAUGUCGCGAUGGGCGUUGCAGGGUUACGACGUCAACCAAAAGACGUGACUAGGGAUGAAGUAGUUGCGGUGUGCACGGCAGCUCUUAUGCAUGAAUUUGUAAGAGACCUCCCAGAUGGAUAUGAUACGAGGCUAGGAAAUGGUGGAGCGAAUCUGUCUGGUGGACAAAAGCAGCGCUUGGCGAUUGCGCGCGCGAUGCUUAGGGACCCGACAGUACUUGUUCUCGACGAAGCGACAUCUGCGCUGGACGCGACGUCACGCGUACUCGUCUUUGAAGCAAUUAAAGAAUGUCGAAAGAAUAAAACGACUAUUGUGAUCACACACGACCUAUCGCAAAUCACUCCCGGAGACUUCGUAUACGUGCUCAAAGAUGGAGGUGUUGUUGAGCAAGGUUAUCGCUCCGACCUCGAAGAACCCUUACCGGACGGGUCAGACGGGGCAUUCCGUGCAAUGAUGCGUUCGCAGGGAGCGCAGGGCGGUUUCGUACCAAAGCGGGAAAGUCAGAUUGCUGAUGCGGAUCCGACGGGUGCAGCAAUUCCUGAGGACGUAGAGCGUAUACUCGAACGAUCAGAUGCGGAGAAACAGGAAGAAGACGAAUCGGAUAAUAGGAGGCUGACAAUGCUCGGCUUACCUCCGCAAAGGAAAGCGCACCAGAGUGUGGGCAUUAGCGCGUGGAUGCUUGAUGUUGUAUCGGAUCUUUCGCGCCAGCGUACUGUUCGAGAGAAGCAGCCUACUGUUGCACCACCCUCGUACAAAGCAACAACUACACUGCACAAACACCAGAGCCUUGGUCCUACUUCUGUGGUGAAACUUACGAAGCGGCAAAGCUCUGCCCCAUUGAAGAAAACGGAACCGGCGAGUGGGAAUAUACGUCGACACUUUUCCUUGCAGUUCACGCCGUCGUCACCUGGAGCGAAUUUCCAGCGUUCAGUCCACGAUAUUUUUGAAUCACAUAGGCACGAGGAGGAAGAAUUUGACGACGAGGAUGAAAUAGAACAGGAACUGGAGAAGACGGCUCUAGAGCGUAUGGCCGCUGAGGCGCUUCGACAGCGUCAACGACGCGCUGCUGUGAAGAGGAUUCAGUGGACGGAAGUCAAGCUCGAUAACGUUGUUGUUGAUGCGCCUACGUCGCGAGAUGAUGCUCCGCGAGAGUCAACCUCUUUCUUUGCGCUUAUCCGAGAUGUCUACCCCACCGUACCGAACAAGCCUGUCAUCCUCAUUGGACUGGUCAUCUGUGUGUUGAGCGGAGCUUUAACCCCCAUAUUCUCUUUCCUCCUUUCGAGGCUACUCUUCCAAGUCUCAAUUGGUGCGGAGAACGUGCGAACCAUCAAUGUGCUUGGUGGUAUUGUCCUCGCUGUAGCCGCCUGUGAUGGCCUCCUCAUUGGGCUCAAAUUCUUUGUCAUGGAAAGCGGUGCAAUGACCUGGAUCACACGUAUUCGAAAAGCAUGUUAUGCCCGUCUACUUGCGCAAGACAAGUCCUUCUUCGACCGUUCGGACAACAACGCACCACAAAUCGUGCAGAGGCUCAUGAAGGACGGUGACGAUGCGAGGAACCUAAUUUCGGUAGUUCUGGCGCAGUGCUUGGCUGUAUCUGCUAUGCUGGGUGUCGGUCUCGUUUGGGCGUUGGUACAAGGAUGGCAGCUCACGCUUGCUGGCUUUGCUAUUGCACCAGUGUUUGCUGUGGCGAUGUCUGUACAAGCAAACCUGGUUGCUCGUGCGGAGAGGAGAAACAAGACUGCCCGGGAGGAAAUUGCGAGGGCCUAUUAUGAGUGCAUCUCAAAUAUCCGUGCCAUCCGAUGCAUGUCCUUUGAAAAUGUCUUCCAGAACCAAUUUGAGGAAUCCAUCAUGCGUGCUUACAGGACUGGUAUACGUGGCGCUUUCGUUGAAGGCUGCUCGUUUGGCGUCGCAAACGGUUUGAUUUACUUCGCGGAGGCUCUUCUAUUCUUUAUCGGUGCAGUUCUCGUCGCGAAUGGGACGUAUUCGUAUCUGCAGAUGGUUGAAGUCCUCAACCUAGUCGUCUUUACGGUCACCAUUGGUGCACAGCUCAUGGGUUUCACCCAAAAGAUUGCGCGAGCGACGCAGGCUACGCGAGACCUCAACAAGAUCUUAUUUCUUAGCACCGACACCGAAGAAUCCCGCGGAAGUGCGAUGCCUCCUAUACAAGGCGACAUCAAGUUCAAUGAUGUAGACUUCUCCUAUCCUGAACGGUCUGAUGUUCCCGUCCUCCAGAGCACGUCUCUUCGGUUCAAGCAAAACGAAUGCAUUGCAGUCGUUGGCGCAUCGGGCUCAGGCAAAUCCACAAUAGCAGCUCUCUUGCAACGAUUAUACGAACCGAACUCAGGAUCGAUUACAAUAGGCGGAAACAGUUUACAUGCGAUGGAUGUCAAACACCUCCGUGCGCAUAUCGCCGUUGUUAGCCAAAGCCCCAAUCUUUUCGAUGCGUCCAUCGCGGAGAACAUUGCAUAUGGGAACGCAGGGCUCUCACCUGCUGAUGUCUGUUACGCUGCGCAAGCGGCACGCGUGCACGACUUCAUUAUGUCUCUGCCACAAGGGUAUGAAACACAUGUAGGAGAGAACGCCUCACUGAUCUCUGGAGGCCAAGCCCAGCGACUAGCUAUCGCACGGGCACUCGCUCGUCCUGCACGUGUACUCAUCCUAGAUGAAUGCACAAGCGCUCUGGAUCCGGAGAGCCAGGCUGCGGUCAUGGAGACAAUUCGUUCUGUGAAAGUCGGGAGGACUACGCUUGUGGUAACACAUAAACUACCUGUGAUGCGGCUCUGUGAUCGGAUUGUCGUUAUUGAUGCAGGCUCGGUCGCCGAAGAGGGGACAUAUGACGAGUUGAUUGCGUCGAAUGGAAUGUUUGCGCAGCUUGCGAGAGGUGGAGAGUGGAUGGGCGAAUAG